AUGGUUGAAGUAUUAUCCAAGGUCUUCCUUAUCAUUGACCUCUACCACUAUGUUGUUUUUCAUUCAAACACAGUUUUGACUCCUUCACAGGAAGUAGCUGAAUUAGUAAAACAUGACUUUGGGAGCAUUGACAUCCUUGUGCACUCUCUCGCCAAUGGCCCAGAGGUCAGUAAACCUCUAUUAGAGACAUCCCGAAAUGGAUACCUUGCAGCGAUUUCAGCAUCAAGUUACUCCUAUGUGUCAUUGCUCAAGCAUUUUGUUCCAAUAAUGAAUCCAGGUGGUGCAUCAAUUUCUCUCACAUACAUUGCUGCCGAAAGGAUCAUUCCUGGAUAUGGUGGGGGCAUGAGUUCAGCUAAAGCUGCUCUAGAGAGUGAUACCAAGGUGCUUGCAUUUGAAGCAGGAAGGCGCCACAAGAUUCGAGUUAAUACAAUAUCUGCUAGUCUAUUGAGAAGCCGUGCAGCCAAGGCCAUUGGAUUCAUUGACAUGAUGAUUGACUACUCAUCAGCCAAUGCAGGAUUAUAUCAUGUGAGAUGAUAGGAGUUGGCCAUGAAUACAUGGAAGAGUUCUUCUGAAUCUGUUUUGGCUGAAGAUGGUUUGUUUGUCCUACAGGUUACAGUCUAUUAUAAUUUUUCUUAAUUAUGGUUUGAUUUGAAUUAUCUGAAAAGAAAGGUGUACCUAUAGUAGUCCAUUCAAAUGGCCCCACUUAGCCAUUUCCUCUUUAUUGAAUUGAGUUGUUACCAAUUAUGUGAAUGGGAUUCUUAUUAAACAAUCAUGUGAAUUAUUUUUUGAAUGACUAU